GCUGGGCGGUUGGUAGCCUGAGAGGCCUCCCCACCCUCCAGAGUCCAAAGACCACAGGUGUGGCUUCCUCAAAGCCUGCUUUUUCCCUCACAGGCCACCUGAUCGUCAGUAGGUCUCUGCCUGAGGCAGCAGGCAGAGAGGCCAAACAGAACUCACUCCAACAGCACUGGACCACUAGCUCAACCAUCAGCCUCCUGGGGGACCAGACAUUCAGCUACACUGCUACUCAGGAAGCUGUCCUCAGCAGUGUCAACAUGUCCCGGCCCAGCAGCAGAGCCAUCUACUUGCACCGGAAGGAAUAUUCCCAGAGUUUGGCCUCAGAACCCACCCUCCUACAGCACAGGGUUGAGCAUCUGAUGACAUGUAAGCUGGGGACACAGAGAGUCCGGGAACCGAAGGAUGCCCUACAGAAGCUUCAGGAGAUGGAUGCACAGGGUCGAGUGUGGAGCCAAGACCUGAUCCUGCAGGUCAGAGAUGGCUGGCUCCAGCUGCUGGACAUUGAGACUAAGGAGGACUUAGAUUCUUACCGCCUGGACAACAUCAAGGCCAUCGAUGCAGCACUCAACACCUGCUCAUACAACUCCAUCUUAUCCGUCACUGUGCAGGAGUCCGGCCUGCCAGCCACCAGCACUUUGCUCUUCCAAUGCCAGGAGGUGGGGGCAGAGCAACUGAGGACAAGUCUGCAGAAGGCCCUGGAGGAAGAGCUAGAAGAAAGACCUCGAUUUGGAGUCCUUCAUCCAGGCCAGGACAGACGGAAGGAAUAUCCUCUGGAAAGGCCAAUCCCCAUACGACAGGCACCCCCUGUGGAGCAGAGGUUUCCUCUAGAACACCCACCCCACAUGACCCCAGAACGAAGCAUCUCACCAUCCCCAAGGUCCCUGAUACACUACCCAAGUGCCCAAGAACCAAGUGACUUCACUCUGCCUCCUCCUCCAAGGCGUGCUCCAUCUCCUGAGGACCCAGAGAGGGAUGAGGAAGUGCUGAACCAUGUUCUAAGAGACAUCGAGCUGUUUGCUGGAAUGCUGAAGGAGGCCAUAGUAAUGGAUAGCCAUAAGAAGAAAAAAUUUGGGAGAAAAAAGAACAAGGCUCAAAACAAGAUAACACAAGCACAGUAUAUUGAUUGCUUCCAAAAGAUCAAGUUCAGCUUCAACCUCCUGGGGAAGCUGGCCUUACGGCUGCAGGAAACAAGUGCCCCUGAGUUCGUGGACCUCAUCUUCCAAACCCUGAAAUUCAUCCUGUCCCAGUGCCCUGAGGCUGGCCUUACAACCAAAGUGAUUUCACCCCUCCUCACCCCGAAAGCCAUAGACCUGCUGCAGUCCUGUCUAAAUCCACCUGAGAUUUCUCUCUGGAAGUCACUAGGCAAAGCCUGGACCACCAGCUGGGUUAACUGGACAGGCAGUGAACCGCCACCCUACCGACCCACAUUCUAUGAUGGCUGGCAGAUCCCAGAGCCCUAUUCCAUGGAACCCCUAAGACACCAGAAUUCUAUAUCCCUCCGAGGUUCUAGGAUGAGGAGCAGCCUACACUUCCCUCAGGAUGAGCCAUACAACCAUAGCUCCGAACAUGAGGACUCACACCUCCCACCUUCCAGCCCCAGCCCUGCCAAAGCAGCCCUGAAAAUGCAAGUUUUGUAUGAGUUUGAAGCAAGGAAUGCACAGGAACUGACUGUGGCACAGGGAGAGAUUCUGGAGGUUCUGGACCAGAGCAAGCGGUGGUGGCUGGUGAGGAAUGAAGCAGGACUGACUGGUUACAUUCCCAGCAACAUCCUGGAGCCCCUGCCGGCUGGAGUUCCUAGAAGCCACAGACCAUCAUCCUUUAGGGCUCCGAUGCUUCGCCUCAGCUCAAAGCCUGCGGAAGUCACAGCCUGGCUACAAGCAGAGAACUUCUCCACUGUCACUGUGAGGACCCUUGGGUCCCUGAUGGGGAACCAGCUACUUCACAUGAGAUUCGGGGAGCUGCAGAUGCUAUGUCCACAGGAGGCCUCACGGAUCCAGGCCCGUCUGGAUGCUGUCAGAAGGAUGCUGGGGAUGAGUCAUUAGAUACCAGCUCAAAUACCUCCAAGACUAAGGACCUCUCGUCUCCAAGAUGACACAUUUGGCACCCAAUUAGAGCCCUCAGAAGUCCUCUUUCAGUUUGUGGCAAGCCACAUGUCCUAGAUCACACAGCAAAGAAGGUGAAACAGCCCAGACUU